CUAAAGAUGACAAGUUUAGCUGAGGACAGAGCAGAGUUUCCAGGAAUCAGCAGUAUGUCCAUGAACAGUGACAAUUCUCGAGAUUUUCCUCCAGUCCUCAGUCAUGAUCCUGGAUCCUCAGGCACAAAACAUCAGCAGCACAAACACAGAGCAAAGUUUCCAGGAUCCAGCUCCAUGUCCAUGAACAGUGCCAAGUCUCGAGAUUAUCCUCCAGUCUUCAGUCAUGAACCUGGACCCUCAGUCACAAAGCAUCAGCAGCACAAACACAGAGCAAAGUUUCCAGGAUCCAGCUCCAUGUCCAUGAACAGUGCCAAGUCUCGAGAUUAUCCUCCAGUCUUCAGUCAUGAACCUGGACCCUCAGUGACAAAACGUCAGCAACAUGAACACAGAAGGGAAUUUCUAGGAUCCAGCUCUGUGUCCAUGAACAGUGACAAAUCUCGAGAUUAUCCUCCAGUCUUCAGUCAUGAACCUGGACCCUCAGUCACAAAAGAUAAUCCACUGGUUGGGGAGCCACUGUCCUGCUGUGCUUUGUGUCAGGAUGUUCUGAAGGAUCCAUCAAAAACCUCCUCCUGUCCCCAGUGUGGAGAAAGAUCCAGAACCAGAGCUGGUCUGCAGACAGCCAAUGUUUCUCUCCAGAAGAUUUCAGAUGCACUAAAGGCCAGUCUGAGGACGAGAUAUGAACAUGUGAUUGAAGGAACUAAUAAAACAGGAUGUGGAGCCCUCCUCAGAUCGAUCUACACUGAACUCUACAUUACAGAGGGACCGAAUGAAGAAUUUCGCUUCCAACAUGAGGUGAGGCAGGUGGAGAGUGUUUACAAGAAGAAAAUCCACUGUGAAACACCAAUAAGCUGCCAGGACAUCUUUAAAGCCUUUCCUGACCAACAGAGAUCCAUCAGAGUGGUUCUAACAAAUGGUGUUGCUGGCAUUGGAAAAACCUUCUCAGUGCAGAAGUUCACUCUGGACUGGGCAGAGGGCUUGGAGAACCAACACAUCAGUGCGGUGGUUCUGCUUUCAUUCAGGGAGCUGAACUUGGUCAGAGACGAGCAGUACAGUCUCCUGGAGCUGAUCCAUGUUUUCUAUCCAACAUUACAGAGCGUCACAGCAGAGCAGCUCACUGUGUGUAAUCUUUUGUUCAUCUUUGAUGGCCUGGAUGAAAGCAGACUUUUGUUAGAUUUCACCAACAGGAAGCUUGUGUCUGAUGUCACACAGAAGUCAUCAGUCAGUGAGCUGCUGACAAAUCUCAUCGCGGGGAAUCUGCUUCCCUCUGCUCUCAUCUGGAUAACUUCCCGACCCGCAGCAGUCCAUCAGAUUCCUCCCACAUGUGUUGACAGGAUGACAGAAGUACGAGGCUUCACUGAUACUCAGAAGGAGGAGUACUUCAGGAGGAGAUUCAGUGAUGAAGAGCUAUCAAGCAGAAUCAUCUCACACCUGAAGACAUCCAGGAGCCUUUACAUUAUGUGUGGGAUCCCAGUCUUCUGCUGGAUCACUGCUACAGUUCUGGAGCACAUGUUGGCUACAGAGCAGAGAGGAGAGCUGCCCAAGACUGUGACUGACAUGUACUCACACUUCCUGCUGGUUCAGACAAAGAAAAAGCACAAGUACCAUGAGGGGCAAGAGGUGAGUUGGCAAGAGCUCACCAGAGCUGACAGGGAAGUUCUGUUGAAGCUGGGGAGGCUAGCAUUUGAACAUCUGCAGAGAGGAAACAUCAUGUUCUACCAAGAAGACUUGGAGCAGUGUGGUCUGGAUGUCACAGAGGCCUCAGUGUACUCAGGAGUUUGUACAGAGAUCUUCAAAAAAGAGUCUGUGAUCUUCCAGAAACCAGUUUACUGCUUUGUUCAUCUGAGCAUUCAGGAGUUUCUGGCUGCAGUCUACAUGUCCCACUGUUACACCAACAGGAAGACAGAGGUGCUGCAGGACUUCCUGAGUACGGACAUUUCAUCUCUUGAAGAUUUUCUGAUCAGAGCCAUGGAGAAAUCAUUCCAAAGUGUUAACGGCCACCUGGAACUGUUUGUUCGAUUCCUUCAUGGCCUCUCUCUGAACUCCAACCAGAGACUCUUAGGAGGUCUGCUGGGUCAGACAGAGUACAAUCCACAAACCAUCCGGAGAGUCAUUAACAAUCUGAAGGUGAUUAGCAGUGAGGGCAAGUGUACUGACAGAUGCCUAAACAUUUUCCACUGUCUGAUGGAGAUGAAGGACCUCUCAGUACACCAGGAGAUGCAAGAGUUCCUACAGUCAGAGAACAAAUCAGAGAAGCAGCUCUCUGGAAUUCAGUGCACAGCUCUGGCAUAUUUGCUGCAGAUGUCAGAAGUUUUUGAUGAGUUGGAUCUGGUGAAGUACAACACAUCAAAGGAAGGACGACAGAGACUGCUACCAGCUGUGAAGAACUGCAGAAAGGCUCGACUUCAUGAUGUCCGGCUCUCAGAGGCUUACUGUUACACUGUGACCUCAGCUCUGACGUCUAACCCCCCCCACCUGAGAGAGCUGCACCUGAGUUCAAUCAACCUGGAGGAUUCAGCAGAGACAGUGUUUGCUAGUCUGGGGAAUCCCAACUGUAGACUGGAGACACUCAGAUUUGAGAAUUGCAGUUUGUCAGAUAUCAGCUGCGCUGCUCUGAUCAGUGCUCUGAGGUCCAACCCCCCCCUAUUUAAACCAUGUGGAUCUGGUACAAAACCUACAGGAUUCAGGAAUGAAACAGCUGUGUGAUUACCUGGAGAGUCCUUACUGUAGUCUGGAGACUUUAAGAUUGAUACACGCAGCGAUGCCUGCAGAGUGAUCCUUGAAGUCAAGGACUGACUCUGCCCAGACUUCCCAAAUGUGUCGCAGACCGUGCAAAGACAGACAAAGACAGCAUGGCCUUAACCAACUGCCUUUACAUGCUGGAUGAAUCUUAUCACUCCCGUGGGUGUGUCAGUAUUGGCAUAAUCACAUUCCUAGACGCUGAGACAUUCAGUUCAUUUACCUAAAUAGCAUUUUGACCCAAUAUCUUAAAUAUUCUUCAGUUCUGAUUUGUUUGUGAAAUAGGUUUUUAAUUGCAUUCAUUUCACACCCAGAGAUCCACUGAGGAUAGACCAAAGUGAGAAUGCUCUACACUCAUAACACAGAGAUGCCCAUGACAAAGCAAAUGACCAAAGGACUUUCCUUUAAUCUUACAAGAGUCACUAAGCUCUGAAAUAAGUGCUGGAAUAUAUUUCCACCACUAAAAAAGUAGAGGCACAAAAUAAGUGUCUCUAUCUGCUUUCCUGAGUUGAAUGAUACCUUUGAAGUACUAUGGCUGCUCUCUAGCUGGUCUUGGAGCUAAAAGUAAUAAAGCAGGUCCUGAUUUAUUACUUUGCUAUGAAAAAUUGUAGUAAUUUCAUUGUCGCAUGUUAUCUUGCUUGUGGUGUUGCAUUAGAGCUCCAGCAGUGUGUGUGUGUGUGUGUGUGUGUGUGUGUGUUUUUAAGUGCUGUGUUAUAUUACAGUUGAAACACGUGUGUGUAACAUGUUUACUGUAUUAAAUGGAAAUCCAGUUUUGUAGUUAAAAAUGUGCAGUAAAAAAUAAAGUGUUCACACCACUUAGUUUGUUCCACAUUUUGCCAUGUUAGUCUUAUUGUUAGCAUGGUGUGAAAUGUAUACACAAACAUUUUCUGUAAAAUUAACAUGAAAUAACUGUGAAGAGAUCACAUGAAUAAAAACACAUAGCAGCAUAAAAUAAA